CCUCCAUUACUCACAGGGCAUCAAAUUUGGGAGAGAAUUUCUCAAUUACCUAAAGUUACAGAAGCUUCACCUUCUAGACUUCCUGGAUAUGGUGUUGAACAUAAUUGGACCAAACAAAGCAUAUUUUGGGAGUUGCCGUAUUGGAAGGACAAUCUGCUACGACAUAAUCUAGAUGUGAUGCACAUUGAAAAAAAUUACUUUGACAAUUUGUUUAACACAGUGAUGGAUGUUAAGGGUAAGACAAAAGACAAUCCAAAAGCUAGAAUGGACAUAAAGGAAUAUUGUAGGAGAAAAGAGUUAUGGCUGCAGGAAUUACAGAAUGGUAAAAUAGUUAAGCCCAAAGCCAGCUUUUCAUUCACAUUGGAUGAGAAACGUGAAAUUAUUGAGUGGGUUAAAAAUUUGAGGAUGCCAGAGGGCUAUGCUUCGAAUUUAGGAAAGCGGGCAGAUAUGAAUGAAGGAAAAUUGAUAGGUAUGAAAAGUCAUGAUUGUCAUGUGUUCAUGGAAACUUUAAUUCCUAUCGCUUUUAGCCAUCUACCCGAAAGGAUAUGGAAACCAAUCACAGAGAUAAGUCUUUUUUUUAAAGAUUUGUGUUCUGGAAAGUUGUUGGAGAGUAGUUUAGAUAGGAUGGAGGAAAAUAUUCUUGUCACUACUACUAAGUUGGAGAAGAUAUUUCCAUGUGGUUUUUUUGAUGUGAUGGAGCAUCUUCCAAUUCACCUUGUACAAGAGGCCCGCCUCGGAGGUCCGGUUCAAACAAGAUGGAUGUAUCCAUUUGAGAGAAAAAUUGGUAGUUCGAAGCAAACGAUUAAGCAAAGGGGAAGGAUCGAAGGAUCAUUUGUUCAAGGUCAUAUUGGGAGAGAAACAUGUGAUUUUUAUUCUUAUUACUUUGGUCAUGAUGUGUCAUGUAGGAGAAACAGGCCCAAUCGCAAUGAUGAAGGCGAUAUUGAUCCUUUAUUUCCACCAAUAUCAAUUUUUAAUCAAAAUGGUCGAGGAUCUAAAAAGCGUAGAAAGCGAGGCUUCACUGAUAUGGAAAUGCAAUCAGCUGUGACACAUAUUUUGCUUAAUUGUCCAGAGAUUCAAUCAUAUGUCAACUUGUUCGUAAACACAUGGGGUAAUGAAGCCAUCUAUACAGAAUUUUCCAAAUGGCUGAGGAACUAUGUUUACGAUGAAUACUCAAGUGUCCAACAUUUGCAAUUAGUGAAAGAAGUAGCCCUUGGACCUGAAUCUCAAGUACUGGCAAUGAAUAAGUAUUGUGUCAAUGGUUUUAAGUUUCAAACUGAAGAAGUAUCUAGGAACAAGAAAACAAAUAAUAGCGGUGUCUAUAUACAAGGUGAUGUUGAUGGUACUGGUCAAACUAUUGAAUAUUAUGGUGUAAUUCAAGAGAUUAUUGAAGUGAGGUAUUCAGGUUGGCCUAAUAAGAAGAUUAUGUCAUCAGGCGGUGACGGUGAUAGAUAUCGCGAGCAUCUUGGAGUUGGCCAGACUAAACAGGCUAAAAAGAAGAAGUCUAGGAGACCGAUAGAUCCUGAGGAUAUUGCAGGAUCUAUUACUUCUGCGCCAGAGCGCAUCAGCCAUAAUGCUCAUUUAUUUGCUGUUCCGUUUGGUACGGCAGAUCCUCAGCAAUAUUAUCUUAAUUAUCGUCAACCAGUCGGUGCUUCAUCUACUUCACAAGCAUUGCAUUCACGACGCUACGAGGACCUACCUUUACAGGCUAUUCGUCGAGCACGACCCUUAUCGGCAGGUACUCCAUCUCCCACAGGUACAUCUCCUCAGUUAUCUGCCAUGAGGCUUGGAGAUUCUAGUAGCGAGCAUUCAGAUGCUAUGGCCGGUACGCCUCCAUUGACUCAGCGUUUUGUGCAUCCUGUUGUAUCACCCUCGUCUACAGUUGCACCUAGUGCUACACCACAUGAUACGAUGUCUGCUCUAGCUCCUGGGCAGAAGGACAAACUUGGUAGAGUCAUGAUUGAGCCGGAUGGAUCAUCAUAA